AUGUCGUCCAACGAAGGCACCUUCAUCUCUGGCCACCAGGCCAUCUUGGGCAAGCUCAAGUUCGUGAUCCAUGCUCCUCCCGACAUCGUCACGCGUCCGCACAUCGUCGGCCUCUGCGCCGUCCCCACGGCGCUGGCAGGCCCGGCCGAUCUUGGCUACCACGUCGCGGACUUCCUCGCCUGGAAGAUGACCUUCAAUCGAGAGGGCAACAAGGACGACCAGGCGUGGUUCUCGCUCGUCGACAUCGAGCACCUAAUGAGCUUGGAAAAGGGAAAAUACUCAAAGGUCAUCAACGGUCAACGCAAGGGUCUCGAGGAGGCGCUUCCCUUCAUCCGCGUCGACGGCACCAUCCCAGGUCUCUUCGGCGCCUUCGUGACCGAGCUCGACAAGCAGGCCAAGCUCGCUCAGGAGAAGGGCGACUGCCUGAUCGUCAUUAUCUGCGGCGAGGUCAGCCCCGAACUGGAUAUCUGCCUCGAUGUCUUCGAUAACACGAAAUAUCUGGGAAAGGAAUCCUGGCUGGACGGUGUGCUGAAGAACUACAACAUCCCCAUCACUGUUAUCACUCCCGCCAUCUUCACGACGGGGUGGGAGAUUCGGCCCUUCGCUGGUGGCGCCAAGCAGGCCGCCGGACUGUCUGAUGAGGCCCUGGACAACCUCUUGGCGAAGCAGUGUGGAGGCGCUUUUGCGACGUCGGUCCUCAAGUCCUGGACCCAGGAGCAGGAGGCCUGUGGCAUGGUCCCAACAACUCAGGGCCCCGGCGGAGAGCUCUACUCGCAGCUCUACACUGGAAUCCACGACUGUAUGAUUCGCAACAUGCUGCCGUUCGCCAAGGACCAUUCCUUCCACUUCGAUGCCUCCCAGGACGAGUGGAGCAUGGCUAUCGGUAAGCGCAAGGGUCCUCUCAGCCUCGACUACUUCGCCAAGAAGUGGGACCGUGUCGAGAACGCCCCCGAGCCCGGCGUUGUUAUCCCGGAUAGCGGCUACAAGUUCUUGGCUGGCGCAUUUGGUGGCACCCUCCAGUCCCAGCGCCUCCAUCUGAAAUUCCUCGUCCGGCAAGAGCUCCGGGGCUGUCCUGGCGAGUGGACCCAGACGACGAGCGAUCGCUGCUUGGUUGCCUUGACCUCGUUCCUCCAGACAAAGUUUCCUACCGAGGCGCGUGCUCGCGAGAUCUUCACUCUCCUCGAGUGGCGAUGCUCCAUGAACCUUGUCGCCGACACCAUCGUCGACUUCUUCGUUCUGCCGCGGCCCCAAGGCAAGACCUGCCGCUACUGGGACUGGAAGGAGCAGCAGAAGCUAGAUUCGGAUAUUACAACCGUGGGAACCUUCCGGAUGUCCCUCUUCGGCACCAUGAUUCCACACUGGCCCAAGAUGCCGCUUCCUGUCGGCCAGCAGCGUGACAGCUUCCACGACCAGUUGUACUGGCGGCCUCUCAACUACAUUACUUCUGCCAUCACCACGAAGUACUAUAAUCAUAACCUCGCAGGUGGACCGUCACAGCGAGAGCUUGGCGAGGCCAGGGCGUUCGCCUUGAAGGGUAUCGGAUGCUUCAUUGAUCGCCUUUCCGAGAUCCAGCGCUGGACGAUCACCAGCAACACGCAGCUGGUCGAUGCUUACGACAAGUGGUUGGCCACAGGCUCAGACCCUGUCUCGAAGCCUAACAACACGGCGGCUAAGAAGUUCGCGCCCUCCAUCGCCAACCCCCGCCCCAUCCAGCAUCCACAGCGUCCGGCUGCCGCAGGUAUGCCUGUCACUGCCCCUCCGGCCGUGCCCAAGCCACCUGGAACUGUUUCCAGCAACGCGGCCUCUCAGGCUCCUUCCCAGCGGACCCUGAGGCCCGCUCCGACGGCAUCUCCGGUUGCCUCUCGGAAGGGAUCUCCAGCCACGAGUCCGAUCGCGGCUCCGUUUGUCCCAACGCAGAACCAAGUCCCUGCUGUGGCUCUGUCUCCGACUCUCUCCAACGCGCAGCAGAGCACUCGUGCUAUGACUGGCAGCCCGAGCGCCACAGUUAUCCAGCAGGACAUGUCCACCAUGGCUGGCAACCCGAAUACCACAGAUGUGCAACAGAACGCGCCUGCUGCGACUAUCAUGCCGACUGUAGCUGCCGCUCCGGUCGACGAUGAGAAGCCUGCCGUCACAUCCGGCGACAAUCUUGAGUCUAAGAGCGGAAAUCCAGGCCUCGAAGCCAUCGGUGCGGCCCUGGCAGGACUUGAUCCCGCCUCACUGCAGUCUCUCAUCUCGCUGCUGACCCUGCAGGCUCAGAGCAAGGAGACCAAGGCUUCGACCUCCGAGGCUUCCGGAUAUAAGCUGGCUCCGGGCCCUUCCCAGAAAGAGAACACGGCUCCUCGUGUCAUGGCGCAGUCGCCGCGUCCUGCUGAUCCCCAGCAGCAUGGCAUUGGCGAGCGCGCUGUGCCCCAGCCUCCUCAUGGAACAAACAACCACAGCGGCCUCGGUGGACAGCAAGCCGUCCCUACAACGAAGCCCGUUCGUAGCCAGCCGGCUCCGUUCGUCCCAAAGGCCACUCCUGACGCGGUCGCCGCGCCCAAUGGAUCCUCUCAGCAAACGACCGAGCAGCGCGCCCCGGUCCCGGCUCAACACAAUACACAGGCGACCCCCAAUGCCCAGCAGCCGCCUCCUUGGGAGAACCCGGAAACGGAGGCCAUGACCCGCCGCCAUGAGGCUUUCAAGGCCAAGAUGGCCGCGAACUGCGAGUGGUGA